AUGAUAAUUAAAAUGGUGCUGGUGAAAAUUCGCUCUGUCUUGAUCUUGUGGAUCAUUGCUUUAACGACAAUGGUAUUUUGUGACGUUUUGGACGAUUCAGAUGAGGAUUAUAGACAAUUGGUAUAUUAUGCAAAAUUGGCAUCGGUCGCUUAUUGUCUCAAGAAAGGGCUUCAACCUGGUCUUUUAGGGGAUGAACAAACGAGAUGUCCUAAAACCAUGUGCCAAGAAGAUGAAUAUAAACAUAUCAAAUUGAUAAAAACUUUUGAUUUUAACGACUGGGGAGAUGUGGGGUCUGGUUUUUAUGCAAUAGAUAAAGAACAGAAAGAAAUUAUAUUAUCUUUCAGGGGAACAUCUUCCAGAUUAGACUGGCUAAGUGACUUAGAUAUUAUGCCAGUGAAGUAUGAACCGUUAAUCAAUUUGCAGCCUUUCCAAAAAGUAGAAAUUGAAUGCCAUAAUUGCAAGGUUCAUAGAGGUUUUUACAAAUUUUUAGUUAAGAACUGUGUUUCGAUAAUCGAGGAGACAAAGCAGCUAAAGGAGAAGCACCCAGAAUAUCGCUUGGUUAUUUUAGGACAUUCAUUGGGAGCUGCUCUUACCAUUCUAGCCGGAAUAGAAUUCCAAUUAAUGGGUUAUCAUCCUCUAAUUAUUGCUUAUGCAUGUCCAAAGGUUGGUAACGGCGCAUUUAUGCAAUUUGCAGAUAAGUUAUUUGAAACUAGCGAACUAGCUGAUGAAAUAGACAGUAAACAUAAAUUUACUAAAGGAUUUGUGAGAUUAUCCCACACAAACGAUUUAGUAACACAAUUACCACCCUCUCCGGUUUUCAAACAUGGUGGCUAUAAGUAUCAUAUUGAAAAAAAAUUGUUGCCGCACCUAGCAUCUGACAUAGAGAGAAGAGGUAUCAAGGAUAAUGAAGAGCAUAGUGAUGUCACUGAUAUGACAUUUGGCAAGUUAUUUUCUAAUACCAGAAGCAAAUACGCGCAUUCGCAUUACCUAAUCAGGAUGACUGGUUGUGAUGAUAAUAAAUUAUAG